AUGAGUGGAAGAGGACAUAAUAGUCCUAAGCUGGAAUUGAAGCUGAAUCUGUCGCCGCCUAGGGCAAAUAGUGAAGCAGCGGAAUCUGGCGCCUCUUCAUCGGAAAUGUCACCGAAGAGCUCAUGCGUGUCAUCGGAGAGUGACCAAGGGAUGAGUAAUUACGCGAGCAGUCUAGAGACGAGUUCCAUGAUGCUGGUGGGUUGUCCUCGAUGUCUCAUGUACGUGAUGUUAUCAGAUGUGAAUCCCAAAUGCCCCAAGUGCAAGAGCACAGUCUUGCUUAAUGUUCUCAGCGAUGACAGCACCAAGAAGACAAUAAACUGA